AAGAGUCGAUCUGGAAAGGGCGGAUGUUUGUCUCUCUGGAGAAGAGCGCCCUCUGUCUUGAUAGUAACCCCACUGAAGAUUGAAGAUUUGAAGCCGCUGCACGGCUGUCUAUAUCAACCGCUCAACAAUGGUUCACCUAGUGGGGUCCCUUCGCAAAGAACUCGCCGAUUCUGUCUCUAGCUGCCGGGUGCUGGUGGUUGGAGCUGGAGGAAUAGGUUGUGAACUCUUGAAAAAUCUGGUGCUUACCGGCUUCAAAAACAUAGAAGUGAUCGACUUGGACACCAUCGAUGUAAGCAACCUGAACAGACAGUUCCUAUUUCAGAAGAAGCAUGUGGGGAAGUCCAAAGCAGAGGUGGCUAAAGAAAGUGUGCUGCAGUUUUGCCCAUCAGCAAACAUCACAGCAUAUCACGAUAGCAUCAUGAACCCAGACUAUAAUGUGGAGUUCUUCAGGAAGUUUGUGCUGGUCAUGAAUGCGCUGGACAACAGAGCGGCACGUAACCAUGUGAACAGGAUGUGUCUGUCAGCAGACAUCCCUCUGAUUGAGAGCGGCACAGCCGGAUACCUGGGCCAGGUUACAGUCAUCAAGAAGGGUCAAACGGAGUGUUACGAGUGCCAGCCCAAACCCACACAGAAGACAUUCCCUGGGUGCACCAUCCGCAACACUCCCUCUGAGCCCAUCCACUGCAUUGUGUGGGCUAAGUACCUGUUCAAUCAGCUGUUUGGAGAGGAGGAUGCUGAUCAGGAAGUUUCUCCCGACCAAGCGGACCCAGAGGCCAGAUGGGACUCUGCGGAGGCUGCAGCUAAGGCCAGUGCCUCUGAGCAGGAUGGAGACAUCAAGCGUGUCAGCACCAAAGAUUGGGCCCGGUCCACCGGAUACGACCCAGUCAAACUCUUCAACAAGUUGUUUAAAGAUGACAUCAGGUACCUCCUGACUAUGGACAAGUUGUGGAAGAAGAGGAAAGCCCCAAUGCCUUUAGACUGGGAAGAGCUACUACAGCAAGCAAGCCCGUCAGAGGCAGUGAGUGUGAGCGGACUGAAGGACCAGCAGGUGUUUGGGGUUCAGGGUUACGCCCAGAUGUUCAGCAGCAGUGUCAAGACACUCCGAGAAGACCUCCAGCAGAAAGGAGAUGGCGCAGAACUUGUGUGGGACAAGGACGACCCUCCAGCAAUGGAUUUUGUGACUGCAGCAGCCAACCUGCGCAUGCAUAUCUUCAGCAUGAACAUGAAGAGUCGCUUUGAUGUCAAAUCCAUGGCAGGGAACAUCAUCCCAGCAAUCGCCACCACCAACGCCAUCAUUGCUGGACUCAUCGUGCUAGAGGGCCUCAAGAUCCUCUCAGGACAGAUGGACAAGUGCCGCACGAUCUUCCUGAACAAGCAGCCCAACCCACGUAAGAAACUGCUGGUGCCCUGUGCCCUUGACCCUCCCAGCUCCAACUGCUACGUGUGUGCCAGCCGACCCGAGGUGACAGUCAGACUCAACGUCCACAAAACCACCGUCCUGUCCCUGCAAGACAAGAUUCUGAAGGAGAGGUUUGGGAUGGUGGCUCCAGAUGUUCAGAUAGAGGAUGGCAAAGGCACCAUCCUCAUCUCCUCAGAGGAGGGAGAGACUGAGGCAAAUAAUAACAAGGUUUUGUCUGACUUUGGGAUCCGGAAUGGCAGCCGCCUCCAAUCGGACGAUUUCCUUCAGGACUACACACUCCAAUUGAACCUUCUGCACAGUGAGGAGCUAGAGAAGGAUGUGGAGUUCGAGGUCGUGGGUGAAGUCCCUGAGAAAGGUCCUGCACCAGCAGCCGAGGACGGCAAGAGCAUUGCUAAUGGCAACAAAGACUCCGCCCAACCUUCCACCUCAUCUAAAGUUCCUGUAGAGGAGGAUGAUGAUGACGACGUUCUCAUUCUCGACUCCGACGAAGAGCCAUCAUCCAGCUCUGCCAUGAACGUUUCCACUGAGGGGGGAUCAGCACAAAAGCGGAAGCUCGCUGACGCCGAGACUGGCGAAUCCUCGGCCAAACGCAAACGCCUGGACAAGCCAACCGCCAGCGAGCAGGAUGACGAUGAUGACAUCAUCGCUCUCGAUUAAGCCACACCUUGACCCUGGGAUGUCGCGCUCUCUGGUUACAUUCUGCCCCUCUGCCUGAACUGUAAAUAGAUCUGUACAAAACAGCGCCCCCUGUCUCUCGUUUCUGUUCUACCAUGGACUGAACCUGUUUUCCAAUUAAGCUUUUAUCCCAAAUUGCAGCUGAUUCUGGUGUGGGUCUGACACUGAUCCACUCCAGCGAAACCAGCUAUGUGGGCAGAAUCAUGGCGGUUGAUACAGAAGUGAUCUUUCUCUUGUGGACCCCACGCUGGUUUUUUUUGUAGCUUUGCUUAUCGUCUGGUCUCUAAUGGGGCGGGGGUGGGGUGUGUGCUUAACAAUGUUCGGAGAGGUUCAUGUAUCUUGCUUUAUUUUGUCCUCAUAUUUAAUUUUUUUGUAAGAAAAACCUUUGAUGAAACAAAACCCGACAGGCCCUGAAAGAUGUGUCCGUAUUUUUUCAGUGAGUCUUUGGUCGUAGGUGUACUACUUUCACAGUUGGGAGGGGUGGGGACAAGGAGCUGAACACUGAGGUGUGUUAUUUUUACUGUCUGUUUUCUAGACCCGGUAAGGGUCCAGAACCGUAUGUGUGAUCAGCAACAAAGCUUACACAUACACACUCACAUAUUUUCAUACAUACACAAGUCCUAAUAAAGCAUUGCAGUACACACA